UAAUAACAAACAUUGCUAUAUCAUAGGCUAUACAAAAUCAAGAUACAGAGGGAAAAGAGCAAAGAUACUAUAGUCAGUAAAGAGCUUAGAGCUCAAGCUCAAAACUCAAGAAAAUGCCGAUCACUAAAAUUGCAAUUGGUACGCCGGAAGAGGCAUCCCGCCCGGACGCGAUAAAAGCCGCGUUAGCCGAGUUUUUCUCUAUGCUUAUCUUUGUUUUUGCUGGGGAAGGUUCUGGAAUGGCUUUCAACAAGCUUACCGAUAAUGGAUCAACGACACCAUCUGGGCUCGUAGCAGCAGCAUUGGCACAUGCAUUUGCUCUCUUUGUGGCGGUUUCAGUUGGUGCAAACAUUUCUGGGGGGCAUGUAAAUCCUGCUGUUACUUUUGGUGCGUUUAUUGGAGGAAACAUUACUCUGUUGAGGAGCAUCUUGUAUUGGAUUGCACAGCUGCUGGGUUCAGUCGUCGCUUGCUUGCUACUUAAGUUUGCCACCGGUGGACUGGAAACCUCAGCAUUCUCGCUAUCAUCUGGGGUGGGUGCAUGGAAUGCGGUAGUUCUGGAGAUUGUGAUGACAUUCGGCCUUGUUUACACUGUGUAUGCCACAGCAGUGGAUCCAAAGAAGGGGAAUGUAGGCAUAGUUGCACCUAUUGCAAUUGGUUUCAUUGUGGGUGCCAACAUUUUGGCUGGUGGUGCCUUUGAUGGUGCAUCCAUGAACCCAGCAGUCUCCUUCGGCCCAGCGGUGGUUUGCUGGACAUGGACUAACCACUGGGUCUACUGGCUUGGCCCACUGAUUGGUGCAGCCAUUGCAGCCAUCGUCUAUGACAACAUCUUUAUUGGCGAGGUUACACAUGAGCCACUUCCCAGCAGGGACUUUUAGGCAUAUUUUACCCCUUUUUAAUGAAGAUUUAAUCCCCUCUCUCUGGAUUAUGGAGAGAAUAAAGAUUAGAAGCUGGGGGGAAAGUACUUUGUAGGCCAGAGGUGUGCUUGCUGUUGUGUCAUUUAUGCUUUACGAAUGAGUGAGCUUCUUGUAUGUUUUGUUAAACUAGUGGAUUAUGUCUUCUUUGUUUUGGAACCA